ACCUGAUGCUUCAAACAGCAUCAAACACACGGAGGAGGAGAGGGACUUCGAGAGUAGUGCAUGGCACGAGAGUCCAACACGGUGGAAGUAAAAUUCAGAUUGAGAGAAGCAAGUUCAGGCAAGUUCACUCACCUCACAGAGACUCACAUAGCCAGGUCCGGUCACCGUCUGCGGUCUGUGCGUAAAAGCGCACAGCCAAAACAACUUCACGCACCUCCAGGAGACUGCUUCCCUCUUCUUCUUCCGCCUCCUUCUCCUCCUCCUCCGGCUCUCCAAGGUCGGCGGUAGUCUGAGAGUUCCCCGUCGGCCGGUUUGUGACUUUCACACCCGGUUCUGCUGAGUUGUAGCCAGUCCGACCCAGAGCCCCGGGUCACCCAUGAGGCUAGAGGCCGCAGCCAGGAUGGAUGUGUUCAGGAAGCUGUGGAAGGCGCGGAAGCUGAUCGUUGUGGUGUUCAUCCCGCUGUCCCUGCUUCCAUUACCACUCAUCCACCCCACCAGCGAGGCAUGUUGUGCGUACGUGCUGAUGGUGACGGCAGUCUACUGGGUGUCUGAGGCUGUUCCCCUGGGUGCUGCUGCUCUGGUACCUGCCUUCCUCUAUCCGCUCUUUGGGGUACUCAAGUCCAGCGAGGUGGCAGCAGAGUACUGUAAAGACACCACCCUGCUGCUGAUGGGAGUCAUCUGCCUGGCAGCCUCUAUAGAGAAGUGGAACCUGCACAAACGCAUCGCUCUACGCAUGGUGAUGAUUGCAGGGGCCAAGCCUGGCAUGUUGGUGCUGGGCUUCAUGUGCUGCACAGUGUUUCUGUCCAUGUGGCUCAGCAACACGUCCACCACAGCCAUGGUGAUGCCCAUAGCCGAAGCUGUCCUGCAGCAGUUGAUCUGCACGGGCCUGGCCGACAGCCACGACGACUCUGAAACUGCUGAGGCCCCCGAGGAUGACAGCGGUGCGUCUGGCUUCGUCACUUCAGGGGGAGCUGUUUCAGAUAAAGAAGAGACCCUGGACAAAAACCAGCUAGAACUGCUCUAUCGGAAUGACAGCAACGACUGCACUAAACGGGAGCUCUCUGCACUAAGUGAGGUACAGACUGGGGAGGCCAAUGGUUUGGGUCUACAGCCAAUCUCUAACCAGGCUUACAUCAGACACACCAAUGGACACCUGCCACAGGUUGCGAUCGAAAUCCCAAAUGUGAAGCGGGUGAAAGCCAGGAGAGACUCCCAGUAUCCCACCAAGAGGGAUCACAUGAUCUGCAAAUGCUUGUCGCUCAGCAUCACUUACGCCGCGACAAUUGGUGGUCUCAUCACCAUCACCGGCACAUCGACUAAUCUCAUCUUUGCUGAGCAGUUUAACAAUCGCUACCCAGAUGCGAAGGUGAUAAACUUCGGCACAUGGUUCAUCUUCAGCUUCCCUAUCGCCAUCAUCAUGUUGGUGCUCACUUGGCUGUGGCUGCACUUCCUCUUCCUGGGCUGCAACUUCAGGGAAACAUGCUCUUUGAGUAAGAAACGCAAAACAAGGAGAGAGAUGCUGUCAGAGAUCAGGAUCCAGGAAGAGUACGGCAAACUGGGACCCAUCAGUUACCCAGAGGUGGUGACCGGUGUUUUCUUCAUCCUGAUGACUCUGCUGUGGUUCACCAGAGAGCCUGGCUUCGUGCCCGGCUGGACGUCUCUCUUUGAGAAGAAAGGCUACAGGACCGAUGCGACAGUAUCUGUCCUUCUGGGCUUCCUGCUCUUCCUCAUCCCUGCCAGGCGACCCUUCUCAUCCUCCAGCUGUAGGAACCCAGAUGAUGAAUCAGAGUCUGACCCGCUGGCUCCCAUGAUCACCUGGAAAGACUUCCAGAGACUGAUGCCGUGGGAGAUUGUCAUCCUGGUGGGAGGAGGCUACGCACUGGCUGCUGGUUGCAAGGUGUCAGGCCUGUCAGUGUGGAUCGGCAGACAGCUGGAGCCCAUGAGUGGUCUUCCUCCAUGGGCCGUCACCCUGCUGGCCUGCCUGCUGGUGUCAGCGGUCACAGAGUUUGCCUCCAACCCAGCAACUCUCACUGUCUUCCUGCCCAUUUUAUCGGCGCUGUCAGAGACUCUGCGCAUCAACCCCCUCCACACGUUGAUCCCGUCCACCAUGUGCGUGUCAUUCGGGGUCAUGCUUCCAGUGGGGAACCCCCCCAACGCCAUCGUCUUCAGUUACGGCCACGUGAAGAUCAGCGACAUGGUGAAAGCAGGGUUUGGGGUGAACCUGAUCGGUGUGGCAGUGGUGAUGUUGGCCAUCACCACAUGGGGGGUUCCUCUCUUCAACCUGACUGAGUUCCCAGCUUGGGCGGAGGCCAGGAACAUCACCGGUAUUUUAUAACCACCGCUGGGUUCGGGGAUGAGUCAAUAAAAGACAGAAAGAGAUGGGGCAAUGUUUCAAUAAAGAAAGACAAGAAAAUGACGUCAAGGGGACGGUCUGGGUCAGAGUUCAGCCCUUUCUUAGAUGGAUCAAACUGGACCUGGAAGGUUGAAGAGAAGGAGGAGAAGAAGAGGAGAGCGAAAAACCAUUACCUGUUGCGUAGAUGUAAUAAUUAGAAUUAUAUGUUAUUGGCCACAUGGGGGCAUCACAAGGAAUGCAGAAUGGCCACUGCGUGGGGCUCCGACCUCCAGCAAAAACUUUUUUUAUUGUAACUCCAUUAACAAAGUUUGAUGGAGAUUCUGUUUUCACUGAAUCACUGGGGAUAGUUCCAAGAGCUACAAACAUAUUUGUGGUGAUCAGGAAACUGAUAUUUUGUUUUUUUGAUUCAUAAUAGAAACAAUAAGUGUUUUCAGAACCACAUUAUGCCCUGUCCUGUGGAUUAGUUGAUAUUUAGAUAGAAAUAAGCUAUAUAGCCAUCGCAGAUAAGCCUCUUUUUUACUGCAUGCUUGCUAAACUUCUGCUGCACUUAUUGCUCUUUAACCAGAGCACGUACAUUAACACGGUGGGCUGGUGACGAGUUUGCUGAGAGAAUUUAAAAUAUUGUUUUGAUAUAUCACUUUGGCUAAACUGUCCAGUGUAAAAGAGACAGCUGAUCGCUGUAUUAAAGCAAUAUAAAUGCACGAAAAGAGGCUUCUGCUAUGGCUGAUGAUGUACUGUAUACAUAGAAAUACUUGCUGUCAAGCCUUUCACAUGUACCCAGUGUCUUAUGAUAUAUCUAAUAUGAUCUCUUAUUGCAGAGGUAAAAACAUACCUGUAUUUAGGAGGAAACUGAAAGCUUAUGCACUGUCCAUGCAUGUUGUUAGCAGCUGCCGGCAUUCAUUUAAAAAUCUUGGCUUCUUAAAGAAAUACUUCACCCCCCCAAAUGAUGAUUUGUACAUCAGUGACUCAAUCCAAGUUAUGUUGAAUUUCUGAAGAGAGCAUUUUUUUUCUCGUAUGCUUCCACGGUGAAUGAAGAAUCUAAAAUUUAAGCCAAAGGCUGCGUUUAACAAGAGCGUAUCUAUAGCAAACAAUUUGUAACCCUUUAAACCACCAAAAUUACCAAAAUAGCCAACUAACUGAUCAAGUCAGUGAAAGAUCAGCAGCUCCUGUGUUCUGCGAAGAAAAAUUACAUUUUUUUUCAAUGGAGUCUGGUUUUGGCUUUGUCUGUUUGGGAAGUACUGAGCAUACGACUGGAUAAAUAGACUUGAAAUGUACUACACUAGUUUGUAAAUAGAUGUUUUAACAUAGUUUUGCUGUUGUUAAACGUGGACCCCUAUUACUUCAAUUCAUCAAGAAUUUUGACAAUGUUUGGAUUCUUCAUAAACCAUGGAGGCAUGCAAGGAAAACAAAGUUUUCCUCAUGAAUUCAAUAUAACACAGGGUGAGUGACUGAUAUACAAAUGGUCAUUUAGGAGUCGAAGUCCUCCUUUAAUGAUGUCUUAACCAAAGUUUCUGAAGCUGAUUUUGUGCUCCAUCAUACUGUGAACAAGCAUCUCGCAGUACCACUAGUGCCUUUACCCUAUUAUUGCCUGUCAUAUUACACUUUUAGCUUGACUGUCCAUGUGGGAAUCAGACCUCCAACCCUGACAGUGUUAACUUGCUGUAAGUUGCUGUAAUCUCAGAGCAGUGCAGGAGCAGCUCACUACCGCCCUCCUUAAAUGAUGGACAGCAGGAGUGUAAUUGCUUUUUACUGUGCUGUUUCUCAGACAUACGCUUUUACUUGAUACCAUUUCAAUGUUAAGAAUGUAAGCUGUACUGUAUUUAAGGUAUAGACAGUCCUGUGUUGGUUGAUUAAUCAUACCACCUUUCUUUGUAGCUUUUCCUUUUGUUGAAAUUUGGAAGGAGACUUGAAAGGUUAGACACUGUACUGUGCUAGGUGCUCAACUUAAUUACUUCUUUGCCUUAAGCUUGUUGGUCAGAUGCUGUUGUUGUUUUUUUGUUGUUGUUUUUUUGUCAUAUUGAAUACAUCUGUAGACUUCAUAAUCAGAUUACUAAGGUCCAGACUUGUGCCAAUAUAAUCUUGAAAGUAAUUUCUGUUCAGCAGGUAGAAAACACCUUCAUCAAGGAAUAAUAGCUACUGUAAUUAUCACAUAAACAUGUAUGUUUCAUGAAGUGUGUUACAUGAGCAUGUAAAGCAACAGGAUCACCAUGUUUGGUCUUUAUUGUGGUCACCCAGGAGGUGUGACAUUUCUCCUGGUGCGUGAAAAAAGAGAUUUGGAAGGCUGCAACGUCCCUCCAAGUCCUGAGUUAUUGUCGAAUGCAACAUCCAAAGCCUUUAAAGCAGAGAGAACGGAGAGUAAGGUAGCACAGGGUCGUAUGGUACAAUUGUUUGUUCAAUCAACUGUCAAAUCACAGUAACUGUUGUCUGGUGGUGAAAAGGUUUGCACACAGCAUUCACUGUACUGUGUGAAUAAUAUAAAAGAUAUGCUUUAUAUUUUUACACAAAUUUUCAAUGCAAUUUGUGGCUUUUUUAUAUAUAUAUAUAUAUAUAUAUCACUGCAUUCUAAGUUUAGGUUCUAGUGUGGGCAGAAUCAAGACUUUUAUUUUGUAAUUUAUUCAGUUCUACUGAAGGUUUCAUACAUCUUGAUGGUGUUGCCGCAGUGACCUUUGACCCAGGGGCCACACUCCUCUGUAAAUACAUACAGAUUUGUAAUAUAAAGAUUACAUGCCUUUGCCUGUUUCCAAA